CAAGCAAGCAGUGCACGCCUGGCUGCCGACAGGAGCGGGUCGCUCGCAUAUAGCCCUGUCUGUGAUUUUCAUUCUGUCAUAUCAAUAAAUAAGUCUUCGGUUUUGUCAGCGUGUGUCAAGUGUCAAAAGAAUAAUUUUUAAACGCAAGACUAUUAAAUAAAAUAAUAAAUUUAUUGUUGACGGUGUUGUCUGCGUUUCGUGUGUCUUUUUAUUGGACGAGAUUUAAAAAAAAUUUUUUCCAAUCCUUUUUGUUUUCAUAUAUAUUAUUUCUCCUCUCGUUAGUUACGCUCAAUAAAUUGAAAACUCCCUCCCCCAAUUUCCAGUUUGAUAAGCAUCUUCUAUUUAUAAUUAAAAAGCUCUUUUAUUCGAGAAUUAACAUUUUUUGCUCGUUGUUACCUCGUUUUUUUUCUUGUUUAUGUAUAAAUGUGUGCCACCAGUGUGUGGUGUGAUCAGCUGAUUCCAAGUGUAAAUAUCAAUUUAUCACUUGACAAGUGUUAAAUGGUGAUUUUUUUCAAACAUCAUCGAGUCAUUGUCAUUUCAUUCUGGACCAAGUGUCAAUCUCAGUGUUUCCUCGAACACUUAUCAGUUUGAAAAUAUGCUGUGAACGCGACAUUGGACGGACGGACGAGAGUGUUCUGUCUGUCUGCAAUCGCAUUUGAAAUAAAUUUUUAAAUUGUCGAGGCAUACUUGUUAAGUUUAAGUGAUAACUUUUGAUAAAAUCACUUUUUAUUUUUUUCCUUUCUUUUCCUCUCGGGACGCACGUGUCAGUGAAUAGAAGCCGGUCUUGUGGAAAAUCUCCGAGGAAAAGAAAAGAUAUUGCAAAAAGGAAUUUUUGAUAAAUUUCCAAUUUUGUUAAUUUGGUCGAAUUUUGGAUUGUAACGAAAGGAACCGGUGUUGGGUUUUGCAACUUGGUUGUCACGUGUAAAGUCGAGCGCAAUCGUAAACACAACCUUCACGAGAAGGAGUUAUCGUGCUUUAUAUAUUUUGUUACUCGAGAGAUUAAAAUUUUUUAUGAUGAUGAUGAUUAAUGAGUGCUGAUCAAUCAUUGAAACUCGAAUUUCGAUGAUUUGUUGAUUUGACAAUUUUUUAUUUAUUUUGUGAUUAUUGUGAAAGGAAAAAAUUAUAAAGACAGUUGGAGACUAUAUAUUGUCUUCUGUGAUCUCUUUUUUCUCUCUGGACAUUUCGAUGGUGGUUUCCUGUUUUUCUUAUUGUUUAAUGUCACAAUUCUUGAGAGUUCCUUUUGUGUUUAGUUGACUAUCGGGAAAAUUGUUGGACGGAAUUUAGCGAUAAACAGAGUGAAGAGAAUCUUGAAUUGUGUUUGUAGUGAAGUGUCUAGUGUCAGUUUAUCUUGAUGACGUGUUGACAUUACGAGGCAGCCUUGCGAGCAUGGAAUUUUAGAGAUAAUCGGUGGUUAAUGACCUGAGGAUUAAAUACAAGUAGUUGACUUAAAAAAAAGCACACAUAGCUAAAAACCGAAGAGCACAGCUUCGAUAUAUACCCGAAUGAACGGGCCAGUAUUCAUGCCAGUAUGCCAAUCAGAUGCCAGUAGUUGAGCCAGUAUCUGUCGUCAACAAUAUAAAGCCAGUUUCAAAUAAAAUUAAUUUGGGGGAUUCUAUUUUGUUUCUUUAAGUUUAUAUAGAUAGUGCUUUUUUGUAAAGUAAUUAAAGUUUUCUUAAUUAUUAUCGAGUGACUGUUAGUAAAUUUAAAGUCAAGAUAUAAUUAAUUUUCUUUGAGUUUAAUUAAUAGUUUGGUAAUUUUAUAUUUUUCUAAAGGGGACAGUGGACAAGAGAAGUGUAGUUUUUUCUGUUUUUUUGAAAUUGUGAAUUUGCAAAUUCCUUCUUUUCUGGGAUAAAGUUUAAUGACAAGUACAAGAUUUUGAGUUUUUUGUUUUGAUAAGUGUAUAUGUGCUGGAAAUAAAAAAAGUGCAUAUCUUCUGAAUCGGCGGAAGGAAAUAGACUCAGAUUGAAACGGAGCGGUGGCUGGAAACGCUGACUUACUUCAGGAGCGCCAACCUGCAAUCAAGGUUCAUGGUUUUCAUGGAGGAGAGCGAGCUCUCGAGCAAGCGGUGGGCCAGUGCGCCCCGCCGCUCGGACAGCCCCUGCAUCCUGGGGGCUCCAACGUCAAGGGAGGCGGCGGGACCGCCGGUACAACUUGAGCCAGUGGAUCUGUCGGUGAAAACUCCCGUCGUGCUCCAAGUGCCACGAUACAGUCCAGCAGCAUUAAUUACCAAGAGAGUCCCAUCGCCAUCGACGACGCCCACUCCACCUCCAUUAUGCAUCUCUACCGCAGGUGAGUCGAAUCUUCACGCUGUUCUCACGCGAGAAUGCUUUGAAAUUCAAGUAUCUUCAGCUCUGCCUUUGGCAGAUAUCGUUCGUGAACGAGAUCAAGAUCGAGAAAGGGAGCGAGAUAGAGAUCAAAUGCGAAAUGAGAGGGAGCGAGAGUGCGAGAGGGACAGGCAACAUGACAGAGAUCGAAAUGCAAGAGUGAGAGAGUCGCGGGACAGGGAGAAGGAGAGGGAGAGACGCGACAGGGAGAGAGAAAGGGAGGUGUCCGUUUUCGUCAUGGAACCACCUGAUCCCGUUUAUGUCUCCUCAUCAGCAGCUCUUCUUGCAUUACAAAGGAUAAAAGAAGCUUCUGAUGUUUUUCAUAAGCGACCAGCUGGGAUAGUCUGCAAUCAAGGCCUCGGUGGAAGGGGUAAUGGCGGUGUUGGUGGCAAUGGAGCAAGUUUGGGCGUUGACAGUGAAUGUGGAGAUGCGUUAAAACGACGUAAAGUUCAUCGAUGUGAUGUAGCAGGAUGCGACAAGGUUUACACAAAAAGUUCACAUCUCAAGGCUCACAAAAGAACUCAUACCGGCGAAAAGCCGUACCAGUGCACGUGGGAAGGAUGCACGUGGAAAUUUGCUCGCUCAGACGAGCUAACGCGGCAUUAUCGCAAGCACACUGGACAGAAACCGUUCAAGUGCCAUCUUUGCCAACGAUCUUUUUCGCGUAGCGAUCAUUUGUCCCUUCACAUGAAGAGGCAUUGAUGAUGGUUUGUUCGACUAGUAGCAGUCUACUGAUUCCACACGCGACGCUGAUGAGUACAUUCGGGACCUGAAGAAAUCUCCUCUCACACUGCUCAGAAUUUCAUCCGCUUUUUUUCUUCUUCAUUUGUUUUUUUCUUCUUUUUUUCCCACAAUUCUUCAUCAAAUUUGCUAAUUGAAAGCGAAGUAAAAUAAGUAAGUAAUUAUUUUCUGUUGCUAAAUUGGGAGGAGAAAAAUCUAGCAAAAAAAAAAUCGUUCACUAGGUUUAGAGUUUAUUGCAAAAAAAAAAAAAAAAAGAAUGAAGGGAAUAAGAAGAGAGUGUAAUAUUAAUUUUUUGGUUGUUGUGAGGAUUGCGCGAACCCUUAGUAAGAUGAUAAAAAAAACAAAAGGAAAACAAAAGCUCUAUUUCUAAUGCUGCGAGAGAAACUUUGAACACGUUUUCGCUGAAUAAAUAUUAGAACAGGGAAAUUGAUUCUUCAGUAGUGUUUGAGAUAAAAUUGAGAGUCGCAAAUUCAGUUCACUUAUUGCGGGAAAUGCCAAAACAAAGAGAGAAAUUCUACACCUUUUUGUUGUCUUUCAAAAGUGGAAUUAAGUUUGUUAUACGUAAACGAAAAAUUUUUGGUGUAUCAUUAAAAAAAAUCGAUAAACCUUAUUUUCUUUGAAUAAAUAAAAAAAUAAA